AUGCAUGGAUGUUCAAAUAUAACAUUUUUAUCAAAUGAAUUAGGCAACUUGACAUCUUAUUUAUGUGACCAAUCAAAUAUUCAUAAAUUGGAUGAAGCAUUUGAUGAGACUAUACAACCUAUUGUUCACAAAUUCGAUAAAGCAUUUGAUGCGAGUAUACGACCUAGUGUUCUCAAAUUGGAUGAAGCAUUUCAUGUGAAUAUACAAUCUAUUGGUCACAAAUUAGAUGAAGCAUUUGAUGCGACUAUACAACCUAGUUUUCACAAAUUUGAUGAAGCAUUUGAUGUGACUGUUGACCAAUCAAACGUUCACAAAUUGGAUGAAGCAUUUGAUGCGACUAUACAAUCUAGUGUUUACAAAUUGGAUGAAGCAUUUGAUGCGACUAUACAAUCUAGUGUUUACAAAUUGGAUGAAGCAUUUGGUGUGACUAUACAAUCUAGUGUUCACGAAUUGGAUGAAUCAUUUGAUGCGACAAUACAAUCUAGUAUUCAUGAAUUAGAUGAAGCACUUGAUGUGACUGUUGACCAAUCAAACGUUCAUGAAUUGGAUGAAGCACUUGAUGCGACUGUUGACCAAUCAAACUUUCACGAAUUGGAUGAAGCAUUUGAUGCGACUAUACAAUCUAGUGGGAUUGAUGCAAAAUCCUCACUAUCUAUUUGGAUAAUUAAGGAAUUUGCUGCAGUUGGGGACUUCACAACUGCAAACAACGAUGUUGUUUCAAACUCUAAUCAAGCAAUUUUAUUUCAAUUGCAGUCGAAGGACUUACCCAGCAAGCGUCCAUUAGGCAAAGGCUUAGCCGGCUACGGAUAUGAGACAACAUGGAAAAAAAAGAGGUUUGCAAGAAAAGUUUUCGUUGGAGUACCGAGGAUUAUCUUUGAGAGAGAGGCAGUUGCCUUGAUAGCUCUUGAUGAUCACAUGAAUAUUGUGAAAACAUAUGGCUGGACUACUGACAAGAGGAGUUGCUCCCUUGUCCUAGAGUACAUGGAUGAUGAUCUUUUUAGCUUAUUACACAAGAGAAUUGAGGCUAAACACGAUCUAGUUGGUUUAAGAGCCGACACGCAACCUUGCACGUCGACUACCCCGGAGCCUUUUGACCUACCGCAGGCAAUUUACAUUAUGUUGAAAAUUGCCACAGGCAUGAAGAUCCUGCACGAGCAAAGAAUUGACCACGGGGAUCUAAAAACAAAGAACAUUCUUGUCUCUUAUGCGAACCAAAGAGAUCCGAAUUUCAUGACAGUGAAAGUAGCCGAUUUUGGUCUUGUUUGCUCCAAAAGAAAAAGCGAACUGAUUGUUUCACGUCAGGCACAUAAGCUGGAUAUGGUCAAGUGGAAAGCACCAGAGUAUUUGAAGGUACAAUUCAAAAACUUCACUUCAUCUUGCAAUCAAGAUGAAGCUUGUUCAGAGUCGGAUUCCAGUUCGGAAUCCGAGUCAGAAAUGGAAGGAAGCUCAAAUUCUCCAGUCAUCAAUGUGAGGCUCCCUGGAGUUGAUGUCUUUGCAGCCGAUGUUUACAGCUUCGCUCUGAUAUGCUCUCAUAUCUUGACUGGGAAUGAUCCAUAUCCAAAUAUGAACUGGAAGAAAUUGGGGGUUAAAAUCUUGUCUGGCCUGAGACCCAACUUGCCCACUACAUGCCAACCCUGGUUAAGAGACCUUUUGCAAUCAUGUUGGGCUGAACCUGAUCGACGACCUUCCUUCUCCGAAAUCCAUACGAAAUUGGAACAUUUUCAUGGCGAGUUACUCUGA